AUGAAUCAGUUUGCGAUGGCUUCGGACAGAGAGAACGGGAAACCAUCCGCUCAGAAGAACGUUUUGAGUUCUUACGGAGACAUCGGAGAUUUGCAACGACUCACCUCGGAGUUCGCCGUGAUCACCAGACUCUGCCAAGGUGUAUCGAGGGAGCCGCCCGAUGAGAACACAGCCGCUGAGUUGAAGAAUGAGCUCCUCGCGGCUGAAGCAGCCCUGCAGAGUUUGAGCCACGUCACGGCCGAGGCGAGCAGCCUGAAGGCCGAGCUCAAGGAAAUGAUGAACUACGUCAAGGAAGUUAUCCCCCAGAACAUCGAAACCUAUUUGCUUAAUGUAGCCGCCACUCUGGACACGAUGUCUCGUAUUGAAAACGCUGACAGCGCACGGGCCCUGCCGAGGGAAGUGACCCAUGGACAACCGACCGAGCGUGGGAACAACGCGUCAGCCGGAGGUUUGGGUAUCCAAUCGAGAAACAUCGAGGAGGAGCAGAGCGAAGAAACCCGAAGCUUGAAAGCAUGUUCUAACAAAGAGACGGAACUCACACCUGUGACCCUCCAGGAGUUCCGGAGCGUACCGGCUCAUAUCCGAGGACGUCUGACGAUGGAUAAGAUCAAUGAGACCCUGCACAUGCUUCGGGACGUGAUGCAGCUCAAAUAUCGUCUGCUGAAGAAACGAAAGGGUUUGACGCUGCUCGAGAAAGAUGCUCUUCUUAGAAUGAAAUCGGAAAUCGUACCGGCGGUGAAGGAGUGCCGCUUCGUCUCUGAAGCAGACGUCGUUUUCUUCAAAAAGAAGAAGUUAGCGAAGUCGAAUAUGGAUCACUUGAUCGUACUCCGACAUCUGCAGAAAAUACGUGAAAAUCGAGAUAUGAAUGUUUUGCGAAUCGUUUUUAAAUGA